AUGAGAGGCUGCAGGUCGGGGACAACAAGAGAGGCUGAGAGUCAGGGACAAAAAGAGAGGCCAGGUGGGACAACAGGUGAGGAUGGUGGGACAACAGAUGAGGAUGGAUCGGGGACAACAAGAGAGGCUGCAGGUCGGGGACAACAGAUGAGAUGCAGGUCGGGACAACAAGAGGCUACAUGUCCGGACAAACAAGAGAGGCUACAGGUCGUCGACAACAAGAGAGGCUGCAGGUCGUCGGACAACAAGAGAGGGCUCAGGUCGUCGACAACAAGAGGAGCUACAGGUCGUGGACAACAGAGGCUACAGGUCGUGGACAACAAGAGGGCUACAGGUCGUGGACAACAAGAGGGCUACAGGUCGUGGACAACAAGAGAGGCUACAGGUCGUGGACAACAAAGGAGGCUACAGGUCGUGGACAACAAAAAGAGCUACAGGUCGUGGACAACAAGAGAGGCUGGGUCGUGGACAACAGAGGCUACAGGUCGGUGGACAACAAGAGAGGCUACAGGUCGUGGACAACAAGAGGGCUACAGGUCGUGGACAACAAGAGCUGGGUCGUGGACAACAAGAGAGGCUGCAGGUCGUGGACAACAAGAGGCUACAGGUCGUGGACAACAAGAGACUACAGGUCGUGGACCAACAGAGACUACAGGUCGUGGACAACAAGAGGGCUACGGGUCGUGGACAACAAGAGGCUACAGGUCGUGGACAACAAGAGAGGCUACAGGUCGUGGACAACAAGAGAGGCUACAGGUCGUGGACAACAAGAGAGGCUACAGGUCGUGGACAACAGAGACUACAGUCGUGGACAACAAGAGGCUACAGGUCGUGGACAACAAGAGGCUACAGGUCGUGGACAACAAGAGAGGCUACAGGUCGUGGACAACAGAGAGGCUACAGGUCGUGGACAACAAGAGACUACAGGUCGUGGACAACAAGAGACUACAGGUCGUGGACAACAAAGAGACUACAGGUCGUGGACAACAAGAGGCUACAGGUCGUGGACAACAAAGAGGCUACAGGUCGUGGACAACAAGAGAGGCUACAGGUCGUCGACAACAAGAGGCUACAGGUCGUCGACAACAAGAGGGCUACAGGUCGUGGACAACAAGAGGCUACAGGUCGUGGACAACAAGAGAGGCUACAGGUCGUGGACAACAAGAGGCUACAGGUCGUGGACAACAAGAGACUGGGUCGUGGACAACAGAGAGACUACAGGUCGUGGACAACAAGAGGCUACAGGUCGUGGACAACAAGAGGGCUACAGGUCGUGGACAACAAGAGAGGCCACCAGGUCGUGGACAACAAGAGGGCUACAGGUCGUGGACAACAAGAGGGCUGAGUCGUGGACAACAAGAGGCUACAGGUCGUGGACAACAAGAGGCUACAGGUCGUGGACAACAAGAGACUACAGGUCGUGGACAACAAGAGGCUACAGGUCGUGGACAACAAGAGAGGCUACAGGUCGGGGACAACAAGAGAGGCUACAGGUCGUGGACAACAAGAGGCUACAGGUCGUGGACAACAAAGAGAGGCUACAGGUCGUGGACAACAAGAGGCUACAGGUCGUGGACAACAAGAGGCUACAGGUCGUGGACAACAAGAGAGACUACAGGUCGUGGACAACAAGAGAGACUACAGGUCGUGGACAACAAGAGCUACAGGUCGUGGACAACAAGAGGCUACAGGUCGUGGACAACAGAGAGGCUACAGGUCGUGGACAACAAGAGGCUACAGGUCGUCGACAACGAGAGCUAG